AUGUCGAGCAUAGCUAGUCAAACCGAUCGGCUGGUGUCCCAUUUCGUACUGCACGCCUCCGCCGGUCCGCCCCCGAUGAUUGCGGCUACAAGAGGCGGGCUCAGGGGGCCCCGACUCCUCCUGUCCGUCGCCGUCCUCGUGCUAGCCAUUGCUCUCGUCUUCCGCUCCCUCACCCCGGCAGUCCCGCAAAUGGCCGACGACCUGCCCACCUCCAUCUACGACAUCACCGUCAAGGAUAUUAGGGGUGAUGACAUAAAACUGAGUGAGUAUGCUGGAAAGGUUCUUCUUAUCGUCAAUGUUGCUUCAAAAUGUGGGCUAACAAGUUCCAAUUACAAAGAGCUAAAUGUCUUGUAUGAGAAGUACAGAGAGAAAGGCCUUGAGAUACUUGCAUUCCCAUGUAAUCAAUUUGCUGGUCAAGAGCCUGGCAGCAAUGAAGAUAUCCAGGAGACAGUUUGUAGCAGGUUCAAAGCAGAGUUUCCUAUUUUUGACAAGAUUGAUGUGAAUGGUAAGGACGCUGCACCAUUGUACAAGUACUUGACAUCUCAGAAAGGUGGCUUCCUUGGCGAUGGUAUUAAAUGGAACUUCACCAAGUUUCUUGUUGACAAAGAUGGCAAGGUUGUCGAGCGAUAUGCUCCGACGACUUCUCCAUUGAAGAUAGAGAAUGACAUCCAGAAGCUUCUUGGCACUGCAUCAUGA